UUUCCAGUCGCCAUUGAAAGGUGAAAACUUCGCUAAAUGUCGGUGAUGAUUUUAAGAUUUUGAGUGGUUUCUUUAAGAUUGUACUUGUUUUUAGUGUUGUGAAAUGAAAAUGAAGUGCCCCGGACUACCAUGACGCAUCAAAAUCACCAAACAAACGGUGCAAGUCUUGAGGAUUGCCACACAAACUUCUUCUCCUUGACGGAGUUAUAUGGCAUAAAAUGGCGUAAGCUAGUUUGGGGCGAGACAACCGGCGGCGGCGGCGAGGGUGAGGAGGGCGCCGCGCCGCUCGCCGACCCGGUUAUCAGCAGCUAUGCCCGCUGCCUCGCCGGCGAUAUUCUGUGCGUCUGGAGGCGCGUGCCCGCUCCCCAGCCUCAGGAUAUCUAUGAGAUGAGCGCGCCGCCCGCGCCGCCGCCGCCGCUCUCGCUCCGCGCCGCCAAAGAGCUAUGGAUCUUUUGGUAUGGGGAAGAACCGGACCUGAAUGGCUUGGUUGCGCCGGAGCUGAUUGCUGGACAAGGCGACCAAGGAUCGUGGGAGAGUGGACUAUCCUACGAGUGCCGCUCUUUGCUCUUCAAGGCUCUCCAUAACCUAAUCGAAAGAUGUCUCCUAUCCCGAGAUUUCGUGAGGCUGGGCAAGUGGUUCGUGCAACCGUACGACGGAGACGAAGAGGACGUUGGGAAAAGCCCCUGGCACCUCUCGUUCUCCUUCGCGUUCUUCCUCCACGGCGAGAGCACGGUGUGCGCGUCCGUGGACGUGCGGCAACACCCUCCCGUGCGCACGCUUACCGCUAAGCGGCUCGCCAAGCUGAACGGCCGGGAACGGAGCGCUGAUGCCGAUAACAAGGUGAUCCUGGCGCCCUUUGGCCUGGAAGGCACUGUUACCGGGCGCGACUGGAGCGACUCCGACGCACCAACCGCGCGACUUCUGGACGCGUGGCGGCAACUAUACCCUUUGGAACAGGGCUGCGGUGCUGUUGAGGUGGUAUGCGGCGGCGUGCGCAUGCGCUACCCGCUCCCCUACGUGCUGGUGACGGGCAUGGAGCCGCCGCCCGCGCCGCCGCCCGCCGCGCCGCUCGCCGCCGCCGCCGCCGCCGCGCUCACCACGCCCAAGCCGCAUCUGCCGGCGGAAGUGUGCUACGCAGAGUGCGGCGACAAAGGCGAAGACUUCGUCGAUCCCACCCGAAAAACCCCCUGUACCUGCGCCAAAGGCGGCUGCGCGGGCUUGGGCUUGGGCGCGGCGUCGCCCGGCUCGUGCGGCGCCGGCUCCCCCGCGGCCGCGGGCUCGGCGCCGCCCUCCGCCGGCGCGCCGCACUCCCCGCACCAGCACACCCAGCCCCAGCAGACCACGCUGCCGCAUCAGAGCGCGCUGCCGCCGACGACGCUGCACACGCCGGCGCCCACGCCGGACCCGCUCGCGCCGCCCACCCCCGCGCCGCCCUCCGCGCCGCCGCCCACCAAGCUCUACCCGCAGGGCGACUCCCCGCGCGACGCGUCCCAAACCAACAACCCAUCGCCGGUGCACCUGGAGCUGCUGAAGCGGCCCGUGCUGCCGCGGGGGGAGACGCGCGUGGACCCGCUGGAGGACGAGCACUCGCUGCACAUGCUCUACGACUACACCACCGUGCACGCCUGGCUGGAACACCCAGUGAAGCGUUUCAAGAGCGACGAGAACACGUUCCGAGAGGAGCUGGCGCUCGGCAGCGCGGGCGGCGACCUGUACGCCGGCCACGACCACACGCGCAUGGCCGUCAUGCCCGACCACAAGGACGGCAAGCACGACCAUGAUGACGCAGCGUACAAGAACCUGUACACGUCUGACGGCCUCUGUCCCACGCUGAAGGACCUCGACCAGAUCUUCGAGAACUCCGACGACGCGGCCAGCGGGGAUGAGACGGUAAGACUUCUUCAAGUACAAACGCCGCCGGACUCGAAUAAGUCGUUCGAAGAGACCCGCGGGCGAAUGGUGCGGGCCGAAGAGCUGAGCAAGAUGUUCCCCACCCCACCCUCGUUGGAGCCGCACGCUGCCCCAUCACCUGGGUUCACCCUGGAGUUGGAGCCGUUGAGGCAUGCGCAUUCACACGCGCAUCCGCACCUCACGCCUCACGCCACGCCUCCUCACGAGCCUAUUGAGGAUUGGUCGUAUGUGUUCAAACCGCCCACCGUGUACAAGUGCGUCGGGUCAUCCAAAUACGCGCCCCUGUUAUCCCUGCCGUCCUCGUCGCUCCCGCCCGUCACGUUACCGCCGCACGCCGUGUACCGACCGCGGUGGCAACAGAGUGAAGAGGAGCCGCAGCCGCAGACAGGUAACAAAUGCGCUCCUCUCGUCUCCCUGCCGUCCUCGUCGCUCCCGCCCGUCACGUUACCGCCGCACGCCGUGUACCGACCGCGGUGGCAACAGAGUGAAGAGGAGCCGCAGCCGCAGACAGGGACGAAGCGGCCCGCCUCCCCCCUGGCGUCGCCGGCCAAGCCGCCCGCCACGCCGCUGCCCGGCGCCGCGCCCCCCUCCACCUCCCCCGCCGCCGCCGCCGCGCCGCGCGCCGCCUCCCCCGCCUCCCCCGCCACGCCGCGCGCCGCCUGCAAGGCCUGCCCGCUGCUGCUCAACGUGCUGCUGGCCGACACCGUGCUCAACGUGUUCCGCGACCACAACUUCGACAGCUGCACGCUGUGCGUCUGCAACGCGGGGCCCAAGGUUGUCGGCAACAUUCGAGGCGCGGACGCGUCCACGUACCUGCCAGAAACCGCAGAAGCGGCCGACGAGGACCCCGGCCGCUGCACGUGCGGCUUCAGCGCCGUCGUCAACCGCCGGCUCGCGCACAAGGCCGGCCUCUUCUACGAGGACGAGAUGGAGAUCACGGGCAUAGCGGAAAUACCAGCGCGCAGCAGUACGCGAAGCUUAGGGUCCGUGGCCGGCGCCGUGCUCGGCAUGUGCGCGGCGCUGGGCGGCGGCGGCGCCUCCGCGCUCACGAGAGCGGCCAGGCACGCGGCCAGGGAGCGCCACGACCAGAACGACGUCAACCUGCUCGAAUACUCGGACGGCGGCGCGGCGUGCAUGCGCGCGCUGCGGGCGGCGGGGGCGGGGGCGGCGGCGGGGGCGGUGGGGGCCGCGGGGGCAGCGGGGGCGGGGGCGGGGGGCGCCUGCCACCGCUGGCCCUUCAUCGGCGCCCGGGCUCCCAGGUGCUCCCGGGACGUCAUCAGAUUGAUGCGCCGCCUCCGCCCCCUCCUGCAAGACGCGAUCCAGAAGCGCUGCUGCGGCGCCCGCAUGUGGGACGGCGUGGCCGGCCCGCUGACCUGGAGACAGUUCCACCGCCUCGCCGGCCGCUCCAACGAGGACCUCUGCGAGCCCCAACCCGUACCUCCCCUACUCGUCGGACACGAUCGCGACUGGAUAUCACUGUCACCCUACGCGUUGAGGCAUUGGGAGCGCUUAUCCCUCGAACCUUACUCGUAUUCCCGAGACGUUGCCUAUGUAGUCCUAGCGGCCGACGGCGAAGUCUUAACCGACCCUAUCAAAACAUUCUUCAGAGAACUAUCGACGGCUUACGAAUCGUGCCGCUUAGGACGACAUCAACCUAUUAACCGAAUAGCGCGCGACGGCCUAAUAAGAACGUCGCCGAGCGAUCGCGACCAAACAGCGGAAGAAUGGACGGGGGAAUUACCGGCGGGCCGACUGGGAGAAUACAUUAAAUCAUACGCAGAAACGUUAAGAACGAGUAUAGUACCUCAACUAGCGAGUCUGAGCAUUGAUAGGUCGUUGUUAGAAACGGAAACCAAAUCGGCGCAUAUAGAGCGGCCGGCGCCCUCGCCGAUGCGGCCGCCUUCAACCCCGGACCACCCGCCCACGCCGAGCAGUCAGAGCGACCAAGAGAAUGAGACGCCGAACAUGUCGUCCAGUGCUAAUAACAGUACAGUGCAUAACUCCUGGGAGGAGGAAGAAGGCGGUGCCCCAGCCCUAGUAGUAUACGUAGUGGAGCCUCCAGCGUCGCACGCGCACCGCGCGCACUCGCUGCACGCGCUGCUGCGGCUAGCGGCGCGCACGCACCACCAUCUGCGGCACCACAACCCGCUCGUCAAGAUAAUCUCGCUAGAGGGCGUCUGCGAGACGGCCGGCCCCGGCGCCGGCACCCGGUCGGAGCUGCGCGCGCUGGCCUUCAGCGUGUUCACCGGCGCCCGGCGGCUGCUGCAGCCCGCGCCCGCCGGCAAGUCGCUCACCGGCUUCGGCACCGCGGCGCAGGCGAGAGUGCUCAUCGAGGCCAUGCAGGAAAAGGACCGAGCACCCUACAAACUCUUCUCACCCGCGUGGGUCCUCGCGCCACCGCGUGCCCUCAAAGAAGUCGCGGAAACCUGGGGCCACUCCUGCGGCGAACAGGGCGCCGUGUUGUUCCUGUCGUACUGCCUGUCGCACGACCAGCGCUGGCUGUUCGCCGCCGCCACGGACGCGCGCGGCGAGCUGCUCGACACGCACGCCGUCAACAUACACGUGCCGCACAGAUCGCGACGGAGACGAGCUGCGGGCGCGCGGCGCUGCGGGCUGAGCAAGCUGAUGGACUGGGCGCUCGGCGUCAUGUCGCAGGCCGCGCAGCCGUGGCGCCUCGUGGUCGGCCGCCUCGGCCGCAUCGGCCACGGCGAGCUCAAGGGCUGGAGCUGGCUCCUCUCCCGCAAAAACCUCACCCGCGCCUCCAACCAGCUCAAAGACAUCUGCCACCCGUGCUCCGUGCUCUACCCCUCCGGCGCACCCUGCAUCCUGUCCGCCUGUCUCGUGUCCACCGAGCCCGACUCGUGUUUACGACUAAUGGCGGACCGCUUCACCCCCGACGAGCGGUUCAGCCAGGCCUCCAUACAGUCGCACCUGCACACGCCGCGGGACGUCACCGCCACGCAUAUACUCGUGUUCCCCACGUCCGCCACUGCCACGCAGUCGGCGCAAGGGCAAUUCGAGCAGAGCGCAAUGGCGAACGGCGAGACCGACGACAUGAUGUUCCUCGGCGUCGACAUGAACGAUAUGAACGACGACGAGAUAAACGACAGCAACAUGACGGACCUGCUCAUCGGCGACAUGUUCAACAACAUGUGGCCGCAGGGCAGCCCGAGGAAUGAUGGAGGCAGGGAGGAGGAUGCGGCGGCUGACGAGGACGAGCCGCAGCGUAAUGUGCCGCAGGCGAGCUACGCCGGGGACGACCACAGUCAGGAGCAAGUCGGCACCGUGCUGCAACAGCCACUAGCGCUCGGCUACAUGGUGUCGACGGCGCCGCUGGACGCCAUGCCGGCGUGGUGGUGGGCGGGCUGUCCGCACCUGCGCGACGCCUGCCCGCCCGCCUUCCUCAAGAACGCGCUGCACCUGCACACCGGCUCCGUGCAGGCCGCCGACGACUUCACCAGCCUCACGCAGCGCAGCUCGCACGUGCACCCGCUCGACAGCCAGGUCACCACUGACGUGCUCAGGUACGUGCUGGAAGGCUACAACGCGCUCUCAUGGCUCGCCCUGGACGGCGAGACGCACGACCGGCGCUCAUGCCUGCCGCUCCACGUACAGGUCCUCAUGCAGCUCUACCACACCGCCGCCGCGCUCGGUUAACCCCAUCCCGACUGCGAACACAUUCGACAGUCUUUACAACUCGGCUCUCCUGACCAUGACGCGUCCCCUCGCAUAACACUCGGCCAUCCUGACUGCGACGCGUCCUCGGCUAACACUCGGCCCUCCUGACAACCGCACGUCCUCGGGCGAGCGACUCGCGGCGCGGCCUUAUUUAUUCGAGACGGUCAGAUAAGAGUACACUAAUUUAUUGCCCUAGUUAAUUCGACAUAGGAUUUUUUCUAUUGUAAAUUGCUACCCUCGAAAUGGCCGUUUAAGAAUAGAAUUCUAGACGACAGUACUUAGGUAAAUUAUACUAUAGAGUAGAUGCCGUCGACUCUGCGCGGCUGGACCUUGUUACGUUACACGCUGGGUUUAAAAUCCACUGACAGAUGCGAUUUGAUACGUAAGUUAGACCAUUCGAUUGUAAGAUGUUGGUAAAGAUUAAGAGUAAGUUGUUAACAUCGGAGACGAUGGGAUUUUGGAUCGAUAGUAACAAUUGGAAAUCCAACUUUUCGUAUUAGACAUAUACAUUUAUCGUUUUGACAUUUUAACAAGUGGCAUUUACUUCUUUUCGACUAAAUUAAAAAAAAAGCUUGAUUUAGCUUCCAAUUGUUAUAAACUUUCUAAAAUCGGAUUGUAUAAUAAAAGGCCAAGAUAGUCACCUACUCGGGUAGCUUAAGUGUAUUUAUCAUUCAACGCUUGUUACUUAGUGGUGAUAGGAACAACCUGUAUCAACAUCAUCCUGUACAUUAUUAAAAACCCAAUUUUAUAUUUGACAAAAUAUCAGUGACCAUUUACAUGAGGUCAAUUUGUGACCUAGUUAAGAAUAACACCAUUUUUAAACAUUUUAUUAAACGAAAUCAAUUUAUAGCAAAUAUAUUGCCUUUUUUAAACAACAGUGAGGUAGUUAAUUGAAGUAUUAUCAUAAAACAAUUAAAUUUUAACAAAUCAUUGUGACAGCUACCUAUUUUAAAAGAUAACUUGAUAUCAUGAACUCUUUGGCAUUCCCUAAAAACAACGCACAGACGCAAAUUAAAUAAGUUUUUGAUUAAUGACGAGUCAAAAGUGCUAGGUCCAUGAUUUAACUUAUUAAUACCUAUCGUGUGUAUUUAAAACAUUCAAUAGAAAUGAUCUUUACGGCCACCAGCAGGCGUUUAUUUUUAUACAAAUAAACAUAAACGCUGGUUGUAUAAAAUCUUUUCAAUUCGGACAAUUUCUAAGGGCAUUUCAUAAUUGUCAAAUCUUUCUUUGGAAACGAAACGCUUCCAUUCUCAGUCUUUCAUUUGGACUACUCUUCCGCGAUCUCCUAUCCAUUUAUUCAUGAACCUCAUUUUGAAUAGCGUUCUAUUUAGAAAUCAUAAUAGAUACUUUGUACUCAUUAUUUUAUUGAAUCACCGACGUAUUUAUGUACGUACAGAGUUGCUGCGAUUGCUAAAGUAAACAAUGUCGUUAAAUUAUAGCGUCAAAGAACCAUGAAAUUUCGAAAAAAGGUCAUAGCAUAUCGCGACAGCUCCAAAAACUGGUUCUGGUAUUCGGGUAAUUUCGGAAAUUGGAUAAAUCCCGAAAAUCAUUUAAAAAUCACUCAUAUUUCGUUGUAAUAAGAGUCCCUUUUCGGGAUUAUCCGCCACUUUUUAGUUUUUUUUUCUUUUCGUAAUUACCCGAAUGCACCUUAUAUAAAACUAAACUCUAUCACUCUCCAUAUAAUGUUUGACAAUUUGUACACUUCAUCGGUUAUAUCUUUGUUCAUAUGUUAAUGAAAAAGCUGACCUAUACAUAUUGCCAAGUUAUGUUGCCGCUUCGCUGGCGCAAUAUUACAGGGUUCUAUGUUUCACUUUUAUCGAACUGAAAUUUGAACUUUAUCAUAGUGACAUUAAGUCGAAUUUCAACUAUCUUGAAAAUGUAAUAAGAACCCUGUAAUAUUGGGGCAGCGGCUUGUCGGUUCAUCAUAUUCAUGUAAAAACGUGGACAUACUACCACUGACAAAUACGAUCUUAAAACCCAACGAAAGUUAUUACAAACUAAGAUACGAGAAACUUAUUAUAAGACGACCUUAUCAUAUUGUAUUAAGAAUUAAUAUGGCUUGGUAACUGUGUUGUCUACGGUAAAAGUGAAAAUAAUGAAUUAUUUGUCGUAACGUUGACCGUAAGUUUAAAUACCAUUAGAAUUAUUCCGAUAAAAUGAGAGUGUAUUGUUAAUUCCUAAAUUAUUUCUCAGCCAUAAAGUGUUUUUAUUACAAUUAUAGCUUAACUACAUUUAACUGUAGAUUGUGGUUGGUAGUGUGUCCAGCCCAGGGCGUCAUGUCACAAGUUAUUUAUUUAUUACGGUUGUAAUAUUAUUGCCAAGUUGCGUUGUUGUGCUAUUUAUGUAUAAUGUAAUAUAUUUUUAUUUUACGUUAUUGUAUUAAACCGGUAUGAAUUACCAAAGGAGUAGAUACGUGUAGUUGUCUAGAUAAUUUUUUUACCACCACUAUAUUUUCUUGUAUAUUUUAAAUCAAAAGGCGAUCUUAAUUUAUUACUCGGAUAUUAUUUUUAUACGAUUUAUUUAAAAUGAAAUUAUUUUGUGUAGUGUUUUCUAGUUGGUUCGCUCGGCUCGUUCGCGUAGUUAGAGAAACAGUUAGCGACAAUUAUAUUAGACGAAUUGACAGCGAUGAGCGAUCGACGCAUGCGCAUGUACUUGUACAGUUUUAUACGAGGGAACAAUGAGCUCAAGCCAGAUCAAAAGCCGCGCCGCAAAUUAUACAGUUGUAUAAACGUUCUCAGUAACUAAUGUCACAUUAAAAUUUGUGCUAUCAUUACUAUUUACAUAGAGCGCCCUUAAGUGCCAAUAGUUAAGGAACCGUUUAUGCAAUUGUUAGUAAAUUUGAUUGGUAGAAAAUAUCAUUAGGUAGAAUAGUACACACACUGGACGGUCAUAAAGAAAGCCUUAGGUCGCGAUUAGCGCGAAAAUUACCAAUCUAGGGCAUUCUUUAUUUGACCGCUCUCAGUGAGGUAUUUAAUGGUCUGCGGCGCGGCGAUACAUUCUAAACACAAUUGCUAGUUGUAUGUCUUAUGAAGAAAAAACUCCGGUUAAACUAAUUAGUAACACCAAUAGGUUACGGUUAGAUAGUACGAGAGCCCCUAGAUAACGUUCGAGUAGCAUUUGUAUUAUUUUAGACAGCGUCGUUUUCUAAAAAUAUAACGGGAGUCCUCGACCAAUGGCUAGGUUGAUUCGUCGAAUCUCCAACAGUUUGGUAGUUAUAUGAAAUUUUCUAUUUUAAUAUAAAAAUAAAGCUUAAGUAUAUAACGAGGUUUGCCGCGAACUGUAAAUAUGGACGGAGCGUGUGAUUCACUUGUACUCAUUUUUAAUGUUGAUUUUUAUCAUUUUAUCGUAUCGCUGCAGACUGUCGCGUGUGAAAGAUCCUCUGUUUCAUAAUAAGCUGGAAUCAAAUCAAUUCAGAACAGUGAUUUUUGUUGCUUAGUACCUAAUUAUUGAUGUUUUCGUGCGAGCUUCGCCGGCGGUGGGGGCGAGCGAGGGAGACAGCUUUAACCCGGCGGUCUCGCUCGCACCCGACGGGCGGCAGGCGCACGCGCCGCGCCCGCGACUAACUGAAUUAUGCCUAGUUGAAUAUAAAAUGUUUUAAAUGUGUUACAGCAUUUGAGAAUAUUUAAUGAUGUUGUAUAUAGUUUAUAUUUUGUUUUGUAUAACAUUUUGUACAUAGCGUGGGAGUAGUUAUAGUACUAUUGCCGCGGCGCACGUCUUGAAGGAACCACUCGUAAUUUUUGUACAGUUGUUGAGCGAGAUUUGUAGUUGAAUGUAUUAUUUUUAAGAAUUUUUGUUUUCGAUCUUUUUUGUUAUUGUGAAUUGUCAAUUUUUUUAGGGAAAUGGGAUUGUACUGUACAUAGACCUCACCAUUUUGUCAUAUAUUAGGAUAAGCGGUCAAAUCUGAUGAUUGAUGUGGAAAUCAAAUUUUCUAAAUGGAGCAAUCAUUAGAAAUUCGUAAAACAAAAUUAGUGUAAUACUUGAUAUUAAUAUAACUUUAUAACUGUGAAAAUAGGUAAUAAUAAUUAUGAAUAAAAUAUUACGUAUUUAAAA